AUGGGCUUCAUGUGGCUGCACGACAACUACCAGCAAGGAAAGGCCAGCCCAACUCUGAGAUGGCGACUGAUGGUCUUCUGGGCGUGGUUCGUCAUCAUUUCUGGCAUGUUUCUAAUCAUUGCUGGUACUUAUGGUUCGGUCGCUGACAUUAUCGAUUCCUAUGUACAACGAAAGUGGAGGUUCCGCAGCUUGGACUUGCGCCGACAAUUGAGGCUCGAUAUAAAGCGACGAUAUACAGUGCGAACAGCGCUAUGCGCAACACUAGGUCGAGAAAUAGAUGAUAACGUCCCGAUGAAUGGUCACGAACAGAGAGACAUUGCAGCAUUGAUCAUCUCGCGACCUCGUUCAUGA